CUCGCCCUAUCACCGUGCUGCCUUGAAAGGCGUGUUUCUGGAAGCUCAGCACAACACAGUCAUUCUAGAGAUGGAUCCUGUUUGCUGCGACAUCUUCGUCAAGUGGCAUUACACAGGAUGUGUUCCCAAUGACGACCCGUGGGCCCUGUGCCAGCUGUAUAUCCUAGCCGACCAAAACGAAAACCUGGCCCUACGUCGAGCUAUCUUGACCCAAAUCGUCAACGUCAAUUUUGCGCCCGACCUCAACGACUCCAAUACAGCAGCAGUAGUCAGCUCGUUGCCCGAGAACUCGGCUCUUACCAGAUACCUGCUUGACAGAACCUCAUAUCACCAACGGGCUGAGACAAUUCAGAUCCACACUGAUAUGCCUGUCGAAUUUGUCGAGACGUUGAAAGAGCUUAUCAAGAAGCCACGUCACUGGCUUGAUGAUUGCCCUUGCUGUGACAAGCCUUGCAAUUACCAUGAACACAAUACCGUGGAGGACUGGAAAUUAAGCUGUGCCGAGAGCGGCCCGUAUCCUAUGCCGGAGCCUGCAUAUCUUAGAGCUGAGAUUUGAAGACCCUCGAGUGGUAUCAGGGGCAGAGAGGUUUCAUCGGCAGUUACCCCGAGAGAAAGUACCAUCGCAAGGCAAGAUGCUUUUGGGCUUGAUCAAAUGGUCCAUUGAGAUUCGCUGCUCCAGGGGCUUUCACUGGCCAACACACUGGAUCACAAAAGGUUAGUGCAUUUUUACGGUGCCGUGAUUUGGUUGAUGGGGUGAGGAAGAGAGAGACCUUUACGUAGCAGCAACAUGCUAUGCUUGACAAACAAGAG